AUGAAAAAGUAUCUAAUGCUUCCACACUGUUAAGGAAAAAAUAUGAAUCAAAACAACCUCUAAGGAGCAUAAACAGUGAUUUUUCACUUAAUGAAUUUUGUGAGCAUCUCACAAAAUUGGUUAUUUCAUAUAUACUUUCAAGAAUUUCUGAUUGCAACCAAGACAGUGAAACAAGACAGAAAUCCCUAGAAAGCCAAAAUGCAUCUCUUAACAAGAUUAUUUUAAUUCAUUCCCAACUAUUUGAAAGUCGGUCAAUAUCUAUCAGAAAACUUGCCUUAAACAUUUCUGAAAUCAUUAUUCAAAUCCUUCUUAAGAGUGAUAUUUUAAAGGUAGACAUUAGGCAACAAAUGGUUUCUCGAAAAAUCAAAUAUAUUUACUGCCCAAGAGUAGAUGUAACAGACUUCAAGAAUGUCUUUCAGAAUCUCUUAAUAGGAGUGAUUCAUGUUCUGUCCAAAGAUAUGGGAAUAAAUGAGCAGUCUGACAGCAAAGGAAGAAAUAAGUCAUUGUCCACGCUUACAAGCUGUAGUGAGACCAUUCAUAACAAAACCAGAAGUAUGAAAAGACAGAUAGGCCCCAGAGAUUGGAAAUCAGUUCUUAUUCCUCGAAUGGACCAACUCAUACAGAAAAGUAAGCUGAAUUCUCUGGCAUGUAAAUUAGGCACCCUGAUUGGUAGCCUAAAAACUCGUGAAUCCAAAAUAGUAGUCAAUAAAAUUUUUAAUAUUGUUUUAGAUUUGUUUUUAUCAGACAAAUGUCCAAAUUGGGAUAUGGAUUCUGGUCAAAUAGCAAUGACAAUGUACCCAUCUCUAAGUAAUCAGCAAAGUCAUAGCACACCCAGAGAAAACCUAAUGCUCUCUCCCAAAUCUGCUUUUCUUCUAAAUGUUGUAUGUGAAAAACUUAUUACAAUACUGUUGGAAGAAUGUGCACCUAACAACUCUUUUAAAAGUGACCCUCUUUCUGAUGAAAUAUCAGCUGAAUGUCAACUGUUCAACAUACUUCAGAAUGUACGCUCACCAUUUGAAGGAUAUGACAUGUCAAACCUUUUGGAAAAUCUGGAAGAAAUAGAUCAAGAAUCCAUGGUUAGUAUCAUUUCCCAUAAUUUGGUAAAAUCCUUAAUGGAAAAACUGUCACACAAUGUACAGCAACCUCUGAGAAGUCCAAUCUUUGCAAAAAAACAUUUAACAUAUGAGACAAGAGAGACAUUUUCCAGUUUUCCAAAAACAAAAAGGCCAGGAUUAAAUGAAUCAAGGCAGGGUAAAGGCUCUGCAAAGGUCAAAAGUGAUGACAACAAGCCUUUAAUAGGGGCAUUCAAUAAUGUCAGGGAGAUUUUUCCCAAAAUACAAGCCCCUUUUAGUAGGCAUAUUCCAAGAAAAUCCUCUUGUCUACCUCCUCUUCGAAGACCAGGAAAAAAGGCAAUGAAUGUAAUAGGAGUUUAUUCUGCCACAUUUUUGGAAGAAAUAAUUUCAGGAAUUUUUCUUAGCUUCUAUACCUCAUUGUGGGCCAAAAAUGUAAAUAUCACUGAGAUCCAGCUCAAUGAGAUGAAUGCAUUAGGGGUGAACUCCGUGGUGAAUAAGUUUAAUAAUGCUCAAGUCACUGUUCUACGGGAUGUUGAAGAAAAGAUCUAUUUUCCAUCAGUCUCUAAAGAAAUUGUGAGUAAGAUUGUUGAUUCAGUUUAUAAUGAUGUUUUAUGGGAAUAUGAAUUGCAAGUGGCCUGUGGUGAUAAUCUGACCCAUGCUAUUACAUCAAUAGCAGAACAGAUAACAAAUGGCAUACUGAUAGAGAUUUUAGACUACCAACUCCCACUGUACCUUCUAGAAAAUCUCACACCUAAUUCAUACUGCCCUCUCAAAGCAGAAAACAUACUGCAAAAACUUCAAAAUAACCUGAAAGAACUUAAUUACCAAGUUCAACAUUCACCAGGUUAUACUACCAUGCUAUCACACUCAUUUUUAGAAGAUGUCAUUAGAAAGCUAUUAUUUCAACUCCUUCCUCUAUCCAGCAAGGCUUCACGCUUGGGGAAUAAUCUAAUGACUUCAGAUUUUGAUGAAAUAUCCACUUGUAUAAUAAAUAAAGUUAUGCUGUCCAUUUCAAAGCAUAAGAUUUGGCUCACUAAAUAUGAUUGUCAAAAUUUAUAUAUGGAAAGUAACCUCCAAAAUAUGGUGGAUUCUAUUUAUGGUAAUAUUAUGCAGAUGUAUGAUUCUCUUGUGUCAAUACAGAAAAUCAUAGCAAGCCAAAGCCCAAUUCUGGUUGACCAAAUGGCUAGUCUUAUUAUUCAAGAGAUCAUUGAAAAUCAUCUUCAGCCCUUUUUGUGUGGAGAUGCCUUACCUCAUUUGAAGACCCCAUUGGAUGAAAUAUCUAAUAUGGUUAAAGAGGUUCUCAGUGAAGUCACACAACCACAAAGACACUGCAAGACUCCAUCAUCACUAGGUAUGAGUUUUUAUCCUAAUGCAUUUGUAGAAGAAGUUGUUGGCAGGCUUUUAUCAAGAAUCUUCAACCCAAACUAUAACACUGAGACUGAACUGGAUAAAAUGACCCAAAAAUUGGUAAACUCAAUUAAUAAACAUUUUAGCAAAGCUAAAAUCUAUAUUCUUCGUGAUGAUCAAAAACACUCUUUUCCUACUAUAGAUACAGACACUGUGGAUGAACUUGUCAAUUCAGUCUAUAAGAAUGUUCUGAAACAAUAUGGGCUGGAUCCUGAAACUGUUAAUAAACAACUCAAAGACAGUGAACUUUUUGCAGAACAUCUUACCAAUUUAAUUGUGGAAGAUAUUUCUGGAUAUCUUUUCCAUCCACUGUUUUCUGGGGAUUUGUCAGCAUCUUCCUAUGCUACUUUAACAGUACAGAAUGUUAUUCAGAACAUCUUUAGUGGGAUCAGUAAAUCUACAAAGCCAACCCAGCGUUUAUCUCCAUAUAACACCAUGCUACCAUACACAUUUCUAGAAGACCUAAUCAAAGUACUACUAUCUAGAAUUUUUCCUCCUUCUUUGUGCAUGCUUUCAUCUGCAGAAACUCCAGAAGACAGAUCACAAAUUAAUGUCAAUGAAUUCUCUUCAAAACUAAUCAAUGACAUUAAGGGAAAAAUUUCCCAACAUGAAAUUCGAUUUUCAAAAGAUAGAGAUACUGACUCUGUUUAUUCAGAUGAUGACGCUCAGCAUCUCAUUGAUUCAGUAUUCAGAAAUAUUUUGCAAAACUCUGGGUCUCAAGAAGAAAUUGAGCACAAUAUCACAAGUAGUAAUGAGGUUCUUAUUGAUAGAAUAGCAGGUUUUAUCAUUAAAAAUAUCUGCCAACAACAUCUUCAUCCAUUUGUGUAUAAAAAUCUAUCAUCUCCUUCAACAUGUACAUAUGUCAAUGAUGCAAGAAGGCAACAGAGGUUUUCCAAUGCUUACCCCUCCGUCUUUUUGGAAGAUGUGAUCUGUGGGGUUUUAAGAAAAAUAUUCCAUAGAGUGUUAGGCAUUGUGCAAACAAAAUCAGUUACAAAUUCAGAAAAUGAACUUUUGGAAACAUCUGAAGAACUCAUAUAUUUGAUAACAGAAGAGUUCUCAAAAGCCCAAGUUAUCAUCCUAGAAAAUGUUCAGGAACAAUUAUGUCUGCCAACAGUAGAUAGAGAUGUAAUCCUUAAAAUUACUGACACAGUGUAUAGCAAAGUUUUACAAGAAUAUGAAUUAGAACCAUCACCUGAUAAGGAUUUUCUCAGUGACACAAUGAAAUUGUCUGAGAGGAUAACUAAAAUUAUCCUGGAUGAAGUUGUUGAUUUCCAAAUUCAUCCAGAUCUUGUGGCAAAGCUUCCUUUUAAAUCAUAUUCAAGACUCAAUAUUGAUGUUUUGAUAAAAAGAGUUCAUGACAAUAUUACUAAAUCAAGAUUGCAAAGACAGACUUCUACAACAUACACCACCAUAUUAUCACACACACAUUUGGAAAAAAUAGUCACCAAGGUUUUAUCUCAGAUAAGUCCACUGGACUUCAGUGCAGAAGAUCCAGAACUCUUGCAGUUGGACUUAAGUAACACAAUUAUGGGAUUGACUGACAAAAUCAUGUCAAUAAUUUCUAAACAUGCAAUAUGCAUCACUAAACAUGGAUGUGAAAAACAACAUAUAGUUUCAGAAAAAGAUAUUCAGGCUAUGGUAGAUGCCAUUUAUACUGAUAUUUCUCAUUCAAAUCUGUACCACUCCCUUACAAAAGACAAAAAAGACAUAAGUAACAUGCCUGUUACAAAAAUAGCAAGUUAUAUAAUAAAAGAAAUAUUUAACCAUCACCUUCAGUCAUUUUUACCAGAAGAUAAAACUCUCCCUCCAGGCACUCUUGAUCAAACUUAUAAACACGAAGCAAGAGAUUCUAAAAAAAGAGAACUGUCUUUCAUUAUAAAUUCAGCUGCCUUUUUGGAGGAAGUAAUUUCUGAGGUUUUAUGCAAAAUCCUUUAUGUAUUCUCACAUAGUCUCUUGGCAACAGCCAACAUUACUGAUAUUGCUACAGCGUUAGUAAGAUCGAUUGUGUCAGAGUUCAAUGCAUCGGAGAUUUUAGUUGUAGAUAACUUGGAUGAAAAUCUGUAUCUUUCAGAAGAAUAUAAAGAAAUGGUUCAAAAAACUGUUAACCUAAUUUAUGAGAAAAUAUUAGAUGAAUAUAAAUCUCUAAUUCAUGUCUAUAGUGCCAUAAAAAGUGAUGUCACCAAUUUUGGAAGGCAGAUAUAUUGUUUGCUAUUAGGAGAAAUUUAUGAUUAUCAGGUGGAAGCAUUAAUUUCAGGAGAAUUUGCAAUGUCAUCUUACACCUCUCUGCAAGAGGAGAACAUCAUCAGAAAUGUGCUCAGUAUCAUCAAUGAUGAUGGCCAUAUCUUACCAUCAUGCAUCACUGUUUUGCCUCGUGCCCUUUUAGAAGAUAUGAUUUACAAGCUGCUAGCAUAUAUAUUCCCUUCAUCUGUGACUGAAACUGAACUAAAAGAGGAAGAAGUGUCACCAGAUUAUGAUUUUGUGGGUGCAGCUUCAAAAUUGACUGAUGAAAUCAUAACAGAAAUUUCUGAACAUCAGAUUAGACUUGCCACUGCAGAAGAGUAUGCAGAAAGUAUACAAUUAGAUGUAAUUGAGGACUUUGUUGACUCCAUAUGUAACAAUAUGAAAAAAAUUAAAUUUCAAGCUGACACACAGAAAGAUGUAUGCCAAAGGGGAGGAUCAUUCCUUGAGAAAAUAGCUGGUUUCAUUAUGAAGGAAAUUGUAGACCACCAUCUCCGGCCAUUUUUAUAUGAUGAAGAAUCAUCUUCAAAUAACUUACCUGAAAAUAACUACGCCAUUGAACUCUCAAAUUCUGUUAAGGAAAAAACCUCGUCCUUACCACAGGAGACUUCUGUGUAUUCUGCUUCAUUUUUGGAAGAUGUUAUAAUUGACCUUGUUCACAAGUUUUCUACUCUCCAAAGUAUUUCUAAAAAUCCUAAGGACAAAGAAAUGUCAGAAGACCAACUUGUAGGCAUGGCUAUAAAUUUUGCAAAUAUCCUGAUAGGGGAAUUUAAGAAAAGUGAAGUUAAAGUUCUAGAGAAUGCCGAAGAAACAUUUUCUUGUCCACCAAUAGAUAAAGAGAUAGUUGAUAAAGUAUCUGAUUCUGUGUAUGAACAAGUCAUGGAACUAUACAGGCCUAACAAUGUUCAGAAAGAUGAUAGCAGUAAAAUUGUUGCAGAGAUGAUUGCUGCUUUAGCUAAGAAUGCAAUCUCUGCUUUUAAAAUUCAACCACUUUUUUGGGGAGACUGGUCUUCCACCAUCUUUUCAUUUCUGGAUGUGGAUAACAUCAUCCAAAAAGUUCAAUGCCUGCCAUAUAAAUCCUUUACAAAGAUAAACAGAAGCUUAAAGGAGAACCCAAUUUAUUCACCAGAACAACCAUCUACCUCAGGCCUGAAAAACAAAAUGGACACUUCAAAGAUAUAUACAGGAACAUGUAUUGUAAAAGAGGAUUUCAUAAAGGAAGACACAUCAAUGAAAAAAGGCAGCAUCCAUGAGCCAAUAUGUACUGCUAUAACUAGUAUAAUGAAGAACAAAGUAACCACCAUAGAAUCAGAGUUAGAUGGAGGUGUGGCAUAUAAAAAUAAAAGGGGUAAAAAGGAAAGUUCCAGUAGAGAAGAUGAGAAAGGGCAUGAUGAUGAGAUAUACCAACAUUUUUCACCUGCUACCAUUGACAAGAAAAAUAAGAAUGUUCUACUGGAACUAGAUUUUAAAAUAGAUGAUAAAAAGAAUAAUGAAGAAAGAGAAGGUACAUUCAAAAAAGAGGAUGUAUCUUUUGAAUUAUUAUCUCGGAAGUCCAAGGUGAAAGAGAAGAGGAGACAUUCUCCAGCUUACAAAGUUAUAGAUGACAAACCAAUCUUCCAUCCUAAACAAGUUCAAAAAAAUAUCACUGAAAGUAUUUACAGCAACAUUAUAGAAACAUCUUCUUUUCAAGGACCAAUCGAUGAUUCAACAUUCCAAAGCUGCCUAGAUGAUAAAGAAGCACAUGUAACUCAAGAGGCUGGUAGGGAUUUGGUACAGCCUGUGUCAACAAAUUCAGCUAGCCAAGAUGCUCCAGCCACCAAGGAAAGGAAUGAGAAAUGUAAAGAUGAAGAGACUAAAAGUAAACUGAGUAAACCAGUCGAUUCUCUGGACCUACCAGGAAAAAAUCCUGGGAUUUUGCCUGCCAACUUUUUAGAAGAUGUUAUCUUUGAAAUAGUUAAUAAGUUGAUAUUUCAUUCCUCACCAGGCACAGAUGAUGCAUGUAAAAAUAUAACCAGUGAUAUAAAUAAAGAUGAGCUCCAUGUUACAGCUAUGAAACUGAUUGAUUCCCUAUUAAAGGAGUUUUCAGAUGCUCAAAUUAAAAUACUAAACCCAGAUCAGGGAAAUCAGUCCAUCCCAACUGCAGAUAAAGUUCCAUCAGUUCAUAAAGUAUCUCUUAGGCAGAAAGAAACAUCUGUGGCUAAAGGACCAUCAGAGAUAAAAAUGAUAAUUAUGGACAAAAUACCAUUCACACAUAGAAUACCACCUGUAACUCACAUGCCUUUUUCAGAUAGGAAAACUUUAAUGGCUCAAACACCAUCAAUUGAUAAAAUGCUUGUCAAUAAAGUUGUUCAUUCCUCUAUAUGCAAUGUUUUGCAGGAAUAUAGAUCUCAAGAAUGCAUUUGUAAGGACAUAAAUAGAAACAGUGAAAUUGUAGCAAAAAGGUUAGCCAAUGCAGUAAUAGAAGAACUACUUCAGCAUCAGGUAAACAUGCUACUUUGCAACCAGGUUCCAGCUUCAGUAUGUUUGCCUUUAGAAUCAAAGGAGUUUGUGAGAAGGAUUCAAAAAGUGUCCCAAAAAGCCUACAAAGAAUGCCAGACAUCUUGUCCAUAUACCAUAAUGCUACCUUAUGAAUUUUUAGAAAGUGUAACUUCUUCUCUCCUUUCGAAAAUUUUCUUGAACACUAAAGCAGGAGAAUCUGAUUAUUCAUCCACAGAACUAAAUUUCCUUCAAAUGAAGUUAGUAAAUACAAUUAUGACAGAGAUCUCCAAAGAUGAACAUAUGAUUGUACAGUAUGUAGAAUCCUUACAUCCUAAUGAUGAUGAAAUUGUUCAAUUAGUGGUUCAGACUAUUUAUAAUAAUCUCUUGUCUCAAUUUGUGUCUCAAGAGAGCAUACAAAAUUGUUUCACCAGUGGAUGCAGAAUGCUUUCAGAAACUAUAGUUAAUUUAGUUGUGCAAGAAAUGGCUGGCAAUCAGUUGCAAAACUAUUUUUCUCGAGAGCUAACUCCACAACAGUGUACAGAAGUUGACAAUGUUGUUGAAAAUAUCCUUAAAUCUGUUAUCCAAACUACUGAAUUUCCUCAGCUUCCACAACUGUUGGCUUAUGAAUUGCCUUUUAACAUAAUAGAAGAAAUCGCUGUAAAAUUUUUAUCAAAGAUUUUAUCUGUGUUUCCAAAUGUGGAUAGUGAGCCAGAAAAUUAUAUGAAUGAUGAAGUGCAAAAUAUAACUUCAAAAAUAUUAAACUCAUUCCAAGAAUAUAUGUCUAAAAGUCAGAUUAAAGUUGUACCACAGGCCAACGAAGCACAUACUAUAUCUUUAGCAGACAGUGCAACUAUUGAAAAAGUAGUUACUUCUGUUUAUAAUACUGUUUUAAAGCAAUCUGGUUCACAUGUUGCAAUGUAUAAAGACUUAAUGGGUAAAAGCAAUAUGCUCUCUGACAUAAUAGGAUAUUUAAUGGUGAAGGAAAUUUCCAAUUCUGAAUUUCAUCCUCAAGUGGAGGAAGAACCAUCAAGUUCAGAAUUAGUUCUGGAAGCUGCCACAAUUAUGGAAAAAGUGGUUAAGAUAAUUGAUAACCUUAGGUCAAAGGAAAAGCCUUCAUUCAUAAAAAAUGGUGUGUUAGAUGCCACAAUUUUAGAGGAAAUGUUGGCCUUGUUCUUGGCCAAAAUAGCCAAGUUGCCAACUACCUCAAACAAAGAUGCUAAAAACUUAUCAAAACCUGAGUUAAAUAGAAUUGCAUCUCAUUUGACAAAAUCUGUGAUAGAUGAAAUUGCCAGAAAUAAUAUCAGUGUCAUACCUGCUGAUCCUGAAGAACAAUUAAAUUCAGAAAGUAUAGAAAUUAUUUCUCAGGUUGUUGAUUCUUUAUAUAAUCAUAUACUACAACAGUGUGGAACACCUGAAGAACUCUAUUAUGAUAUAAAAAAUACAAAUUUCUUCCCUAAUAAGGUGGCUUCUUUGAUUAUUAAUAAAAUUUUAAAUUGCCCACAAGAAAUAUUUACCUCAAAAAAUGUUUAUGCCAAUCUCUUUGGCAGUCUGGACAUUGGUCGAAUUAUUGAAAAGACACAUGAACGUGCUGUUAAAAUGGAUACUAGGCUAGAGAAAAAAGAGUCAUAUCAAGAUUUACCUCAAGAGCAACUCCCAAUUAAAAUAAUUCCUCACCAUGGGAAAAAACCAAUCAAUAUUGAUCCACACAUUGUCGCAGAACACUUAGGAGUCAUUUCUAUAAAAACACAAUCUCUUGAAAAACUGCAAGUGAAGUGUUUAGCUAGAACUGGACAUACCAUAGAAGCCCUUAGAAGAGCAUCAAUAAGUGGGAUAGGUCACUCCAAAUACUCAUCUAUUGCAACAAUGCAGAGGAAGGAUACUCGGAUCUCAUUGGAUAAGACUGGACGACUGAAUGUAAAGCCAUUAGAGACAGCGAGUAGGAAUUCUUUUCAGAAUCUGUUAAAACCUGAUAUCACUAAAGUGGAACUUUUAAAGGAUGUCCAGAACAAAAAAGAUCUUAUCAUCCGACUGGUAGCUCAUGAUAUUGAUAAAAGAGGGUCAGAAAACAAGGUAGAAGAAGGCUUAACUUCUGACGAAGAUGAAGUUAUUCUACAAGAAGUUGUUAAAGAAGCUUUUACAGAAGAACCAAUUCAAGGCCCAGUAGAAGAAGACAUAAAGCCCAUUGCAAACCCAGUGACAUCCCCUAAGCCACUAUUGAGCAAAAGAAGUCUGAAAAAAUUUCUAUCAUUUAGCAAAUAUCAUCAUCCCAAUUCUAGAACAUCUAUAAAAAAUAUUGAAAGAAUAUCAACCCAGUGGAGAGAAUCUAAGAUGACAGAACCAAAAAUAACUGUUUCUGAAGUUCGUGUCCCUACCUUGAAAUCCUCAACUGACACAAAUUCUUCUUAUUGGGAGAGAAAGACACGAUCUAGUGUAGAAGAAAUGAGAUCUUCCACAGAACCAAUACAUUUUGCCAUACAUAGAAUCAUGAGUUCAUCCUCAUAUAAUGAAGAUGAUUUGCCUUCAUAUUCCAGUAGUGAUGAUGAUCGCCCCCCAGAUCCAAGUGCCAAAAUAACAGAAGAAAGUCUUGCAGAGCUAGAUCCAGAAAGGUCAGGCAGUGUUAAGUUCACAACCCUCUUUCAACGUGCAAGUAUUCUUAGCAAUGUACAGUCUUCAAGUGAUGAUCUUGCAGUGACCAGUAUCAACCAGAUGGACCCCACUACUCUGCCCAUAAACCCAUCAAAGCAUCGGAAUAUCUGUGUCAAAGAGAAUUGGUCUCACCAAGACCCUAAGCCUAGUACUUCCAAACAGGGCUCUGAAAUGAUGAAGAAGAUGUCAUCAGCUAUGGCAAAGGCGUUUUCAAGGUCUAACGCCAAUAUUUCUAAGUCUUCCCCACCCCCACCCUCACCUCCUCAUGAAGACAGAAGCUGAAGCUGCUAUAACUGACAUAAAUAAGCAUGCUAACCUUCUUCUCAAAAUAAAUGGGUUUUUGAGCACGA